GAGGCACCAACUCAAACAAAAAUACUUAAAAAAUAAUAAAAAAUAAAAAAUAAAAACAAAAAUAUAAAAAAGGGAACAGCCACACUAUCAGCGUCACAUAGAGAUUAGAGAGUGGGCAAUCGAUGGAAAAGAUAGAGCACACAACCAUAACCGCAAAUGGCAUUAACAUGCACGUCGCGUCAAUAGGGACAGGUCCAGUGAUUCUCUUCCUCCAUGGCUUCCCUGAACUUUGGUACUCAUGGCGCCACCAGCUUCUCUCCCUCUCUUCCCAUGGCUACCGUUGCAUUGCCCCUGACCUCCGUGGAUAUGGUGACACUGAUGCUCCGCCCUCCGCCGCCUCCUACACCGUGUUUCACAUCGUCGGUGACCUUGUUGGCCUUAUUGAUCAUCUGGGUAUUGACCAGGUCUUCUUGGUUGGCCAUGACUGGGGAGCUAUCAUAGCCUGGAAUUUUUGCUUGUUCAGGCCUGACCGAAUCAAAGCACUGGUCAACACGAGUGUGGUGUGGUUUCCUAGGAACCCAACUAUAAAUCCUGUGGAUGGAUUUAGGGCUGUGUUUGGUGAUGAUUACUACGUUUGCAGGUUUCAAGAACCUGGAGAGACCGAAAAGAAUUUUGAUAACCUGGAUACUUCACUACUAUUUAAGAAUCUUCUUUCAAAUAGGGAUCCAAGUCCUCCAUUCUUUCCUAAAGAAAUUGGACUAAGUAGUCUACUUAAAACUCCAGAGACCUUGCCCUCUUGGUUGUCAGAAGAAGAUACUGACUACUAUGGCAGAAUAUUUAAAAAGACAGGCUUCACUGGAGGGUUGAACUAUUAUCGCGCUUUGAAACUAUCCUGGGAGCUCACAGCACCAUGGACUGGACUGCAGAUCAAAGUGCCUGUAAAGUUCAUUGUGGGCGACCUGGACCUCACGUAUACCGUCCCAGGUGUAAAAGAAUAUAUACACAAUGGUGGCUUCAAGCAAGAGGUGCCAAAUCUUCAAGAUGUAGUUGUAAUUGAAGGAGCAGCCCACUUUAUCAAUCAAGAAAAGCCAGAGGAGGUCAGCGCACACAUUCAUGACUUUAUCAAGAAGUUCUGAUUACCAUUAGCCACAUUAAUUGGCACGUAAAUUCUUGCAUUUUUUUAUAUGUGGAACUGAUAAUUUACCUUAGGCGUGCCAAUUAUGUGUCAAAUUGAUACUUCACCUUAGUCUUCCUAGAGGUUAGCUAGGCCUCGUCAUGUUUACUUCAGUUGCAUGGGGUAUCUGAUUACUUCUUGCCUGAAAAUUAAAUAAGCAUGUACUGCAGAAUCUAAAAUAACAUCUUCUGCACCUGGUGAGAUCCAGGUUUCAUGUGAGCAAAUUUCAUAAAAGCAUGCAAUUAAAUACCUUCAUCUUGAAAA